GGCUGCAGCGACCUCUCAAUCCUCACAGUGCUGACCAGCUCCUCCUCCUCCUUUUACAUCCCGGGCUUCCCGAAUAGCGCAGUGGAAGCAGAGAAGCUCGAGCCACCGCCAUGUCGGAGGCUUAUUUCCGGGUGGAGUCGGGGGCGCUGGGGCCUGAGGAGAACUUUCUUUCGUUGGACGACAUUCUGUUGUCCCACGAGAAGCUCCCGGUACGCACAGAGACCCCCAUGCCUCGACUCGGCGUUUUCUUCCCCGAGCGGAGCCGGGGGACAGAGACUGACAACACGAUUCCUCAGGGCUCAAAGCUUGAAUUCCCCUUGUGGCUGGCGAAAGGACUGUUUGACAACAAGCGGCGGAUCCUUUCUGUGGAACUUCCCAAGAUUUACCAAGAAGGUUGGAGGACUGUGUUCAGUGCAGAUGCCAAUGUGGUGGACCUCCACAAAAUGGGGCCACAUUUCUACGGGUUUGGCUCCCAACUCCUGCAUUUUGACAGUCCAGAGAAUACAGAUAUUUCCCAGUCUCUCCUGCAAACAUUUAUUGGACGUUUUCGCCGCAUCAUGGACUCCUCCCAGAAUGCCUACAACGAGGACACUUCAGCACUGGUCGCCAGGCUAGACGAGAUGGAGAGGGGAUUAUUUCAAAUAGGGCAGAAAGGACUGAAUGACUUUCAGUGUUGGGAGAAGGGGCAGGCUUCUCAGAUCACUGCUUCCACCCUCGUUCAGAACUACAAGAAGAGAAAAUUCACUGACAUGGAUGAUUGAAGAUCAGAAGAACACAGAAUUGCUCCUUGUAGACUUAUCCCUCUGGGUGUCCUUGGUAGGAGCCUAUUCUACCUUGUAAAGGGCCAGAAUCAUUGCCCAUCUCAUGGCUUAUUGCCUGCAGCCAUCUCAGGAGGCUACUAUCUGGGUGGGAGAGAACAAACUGGACAAUACGCCUGGCCCUAUGAGUCUGUCCCAGCCUUCUGACCUAUAACCCAGGAUUACUUAACCCAGGAACCCACAGCCAAGGAGAAAUCAAAGUCCUUCGCAAAUAAGGAUCAUUAAUACAAACAUCACAACAGAGUUGGGACUGGAAUUCCUUGAGCCUGGGAGUUUGGAUGGCCUCCAAUGCCCGGUUUCUCCAGCUCCUUUAAAGGACAGGUACAAAUGGGCUUUUGUAGCCUGUUCACAAAAUGUUCUCUUGGGCUUAAUCGCCUCAUCUGCCUCAUGGUUGCCCAAAGGAUGGCCCGUCCAGGACCCUGGCCUUACUUGUAAAUAUCACCUGCCUGUGGGGAGUUACUCCCAUUUCCAAACACAGUGACCAAGAAUCAGGAAGGAAAAGGGAAGAGCAGGUGAAUGGCAUGGGUUUUAUAAAAACGAAGAUGCUGCUUUCCUCUUCUGUAAUCAGGGCUUCAUGAACUGGGAUUUCACAUCCCUCUCCCGUCAACCUAGGGGGGAAAUGGUUAAAUAGCUGCUUUUGUCUCUUCGAUCUUUAGAAACACAUGCAGUCAUUCCAUUCCCUCCCUAGAAAAGCUGUCAGGGAGUUGUUUGGAAUUGCAAAGUAGUUAUUAAAGGGUGUUAACCAGCCCUUACAACAUGGAAAUCAAGACUUUAAGGUUACUGGUUAGGAAGAGCUCUGUUUGAGACGCUAGCAAUGGCACGUAAGUGGGCAUGAGACCUUGAUUAUGGCUUUCUCUCUUCAAUAAAUUUUGCGACAUUACAUAGAGGAUUCCUGUCCCUUUACUGAGAAUCUGUUUAAGCAUGCACAAAAUUCUUCCCCUGCAGAUCAAGCAGGAAACCUCAAGCCAAGGAAGAAACAGCAUUCCCUGUCAGCCACUGUUUACAGGGCAGCUGUCUCCACACUGGCUUUCCACAACCAGUGAAAAUUCUCUUUGUCAUUAGAACUUAUAGAGGGAUUUGGGAAUCCAGGUUGUGGAGCUGUCUUGAUGCAAGCUUAGAAUGUUAGAAAUGCUUUUUAAAUGCCUGUUGUAACUGAUGUUUUUAUAAGUUGAUUUUGGUGCUAAAUAAAUGAUCCACUUUGUACAUGAA